CUCAGCCGCCGGCCGCCGCCUCCCGCGGCGUCCACACUGGCUGUGGGCGCGGAACGAAGCGGCAGGGCUGGACCUUGCUGGCCCGCGGCGCCAUGAGCCGCAGCCUGGACGCGGCGCAGAGCUUCCUGGAGCGUCUGGAAGCGCGCGGCGACCGGGAGGCGGCGGUCCUCGCCGGCGAGUUCAGCGACAUUCAGGCCCGCUCGGCCGCCUGGAAGGCUGACGGCCUGUGCUCCACCGAGGCCGGCAGUCAGCCGGGGAACGUCAGGAAGAACCGCUACAAAGAUGUGCUGCCUUAUGAUCAGACGCGAGUGAUCCUCUCCCUGCUCCAGGAAGAGGGACACAGUGACUACAUUAAUGGCAACUUCAUCAGGGGCGCGGAUGGAAGCCGGGCCUACAUCGCCACACAAGGACCCUUGCCUCACACCCUGCUAGAUUUCUGGCGACUGAUCUGGGAGUUUGGGGUCAAGGUCAUCCUGAUGGCCUGUCGAGAGAUAGAGAACGGUCGGAAAAGGUGUGAGCGGUACUGGGCCCAAGAGCAGGAGCCACUGCAGACUGGGCUUUUCUGCAUCACUCUGCUUAAGGAGAAGCAACUGAAUGAGGACAUCGUGCUCAGGACCCUCAAGGUCACACUCCAGAAGGAGUCCCGCUCCGUGUACCAGCUGCAGUAUAUGUCCUGGCCAGACCGCGGGGUCCCCAGCAGUCCUGACCACAUGCUCGCCAUGGUGGAGGAAGCCCGUCGCCUCCAGGGAUCUGGCUCUGAACCCCUCUGUGUCCACUGCAGCGCGGGCUGCGGGCGAACAGGCGUCCUGUGCACCGUGGAUUAUGUGAGGCAGAUGCUCCUGACCCAGAUGAUCCCACCUGACUUCAGCCUCUUCGACGUGGUCCUUGAGAUUCGGAAGCAGCGGCCUGCAGCCGUGCAGACCGAGGAGCAGUACAGGUUCCUGCACCACACGGUGGCUCAGAUGUUCCGCUCCACACUCCAGAAUGCCAGCCCCCUCUACCAGAACCUCAAAGAGAAUUGUGCCCCAGUGUACGACGAUGCCCUCUUCCUCCGGACGCCCCCAGCGCUUCUCGCCAUACCCCGCCCACCAGGAGGGGUCCUCAGGAGCAUCUCGGUGCCCGGAUCCCCGGGCCACGCCAUGGCUGACACCUACGCGGUGGUGCAGAAGCGCGGGGCUGCAGCGGGGGCCGGGACAGGGCCCGGGCCGCGCAGCGCGGAGGACGCGCCACUCUACAGCCAGGUGACGCCGCGCGCCCAGCGGUCCGGGGCGCACGCGGAGGACGCGCGGGGGACACUGCCUGGCAGCGUUCCUGCAGACCAAGGCCCUGCCGGAUCUGGCGCCUACGAGGACGUGGCUGGUGGAGCUCAGACCGGUGGGCUGGGCUUCAACCUGCGCAUUGGGAAGCCGAAGGGGCCCCGGGACCCGCCUGCUGAGUGGACCCGGGUGUGAGUCUGCGCCAGCUCCUGCCUUUUGCCUCGUGUGAGCUUGGACUACUGAUGCCCCAGCGCUGCCGAGUGCCGUGCGCCGAAUGGAAACAGUGGGCCUGGAUCAAAAUAAAAGUUUCUCAGGGUGGGAAAUGUGGGGGCUUUGCCCCAGUGACUGUAGCAUUCAAGGCUUGAGGCUGGAGAAGGUAGGUAGGUUAUAAUGGCUGGUGAGAGCAGAUUCAAGAAAGAACGUCGGGAAGGGGCAUGGCCCCUGAGUUGUGAGGGGGAGAAUGGACAGAUGGGCUUCCAGAGACUGCUGCCCGCACCACAUGACGCACUAGUCCAUCAUCAGCACCUGAGCCUCCCUCACUUGGACACUCAGGUGACCACACAGAGAAAUGGAUGGACCCCUAGCCAUCCAGGCAUAUCCAAGCCAGGCAUAAGCACAGCCAAGCAGACUAAUCCCAGGCAGACCGAUAAAAAGACCUCCAGAUAGCCGAGUGCCGUGGCUCACGCCUGUAAUCCGAGCACUUUGGGAGGCCGAGGUGGCUGAAUCACCUGAGGUCAGGAGUUCAAGACCAGCCUGGCCAUCAUGGUGAAACACCAUCUUUAAAAAAAAAAAAAUACCUCCAGAUAGGCAGACAGACAGAUGGACCACCAACCUGGACACAUAGCCAAACCUUCAGAGAUACAGUCCACAGGUGGACAGAGGACCCCAGCCAGAGAGACAGACCAGCCAACAGCUUGACAGAAUAGUCCAGCCAGACAGACCACCAAACAGAGCCUCCAAAACACAGACAUCUCUGCCAGCUGGAUGGCCAGGUGGACCCCUAAGUUAGACAGAU